ACCUGAGUUCCAAUCCCCAUGGCAUUGAGUAUUACCAUGGUGACUCGUGCCCGUACUCUCCUCAGGUUCCAUAUGCUUAUCAGGUUGACAUUACAAAUCCGGGUUUCUAUUAUGUUCAGUUUGGGAUGGUUCGGUGGUGUCCAUGACUGCCGCUGGGCUACAGAACUUGCUCAAGUCUGGUUAUGGGUAUUUGAGAACAAAAUACAGGAAAUUGAUUACCCAUGUGUUGAGACUCCAUUUAUUUUGAAUGAAUUUGAAGCUGGAAACAUUGAGGACGAAGGAGCCGUUUUGUCGGGGAUUCAAUCCGAUUCAAGUAUGGGGAACUGGGUCGAAAACCUGACCAUGGGAAUCGAAGGUGAAAAUGCAGACGAGGUGUUUGACAACUGUACUCAAAUAGCUAGGCAGCUUUUUCAAGAGAUUUUAAUUCCUGAAGGUGAGGUAGAUGUGUUCGAUGGAAGUCCUAGGAGAAAUGAUAUUAACUUGACUACUGAAUUUGCCAAUAAGGAGUCGAUUCUACUUUCGUUUUGUUGCGAAGACCAUCUAGAGCCUUCUGAGAUAGGGAAAUUUAAGAGAAAUGAUGAACUCCUUGAAGAUACCUUUUUAGGAGAUAAUUUUGGAGUUGUUCCACCAGAUUCUAAUGAAGGGUCCACUGUUUUUUAUGGAAUUGACGAUUACCUUGUAGAUGACAAUGAUUUUGCUUUUGAAGAUAAUGAGGUUGUAGUAAAAGACGAUGAAUGUCCUCAACAUGAGGAAGCUGGAUUAAAUUGGCUUCAAUUAGUAAGUAAUAUUGGUGGCCCUGUAAGUUUGCUUAUGGCUGUUUUGGAACCAAAUCGCUAUGAGGAACUCACCAGUGGACUUGGUCUGGAUUUGGAAUCGAAGCCUAUUGUGGAUAGCAACAAAGGGUUGGCAUACAUUGGUGUUAUUGACCGGGGUGUUAUUGAGAGGUUUGAGAAAGAAGCUACUGAGAUGAACAAGAGGCCAUUCUGGUAUGCCUUGGUGCUUAACAAGCUCAAGGCAGAGCGAGAACGUGGUAUUACUACUGAUAUUGCUCUGUGGACAAUCGAGACCACUAAAUACUACUGUACUGUGAUUGAUACCCCUCAACACAGGAACUUGAUCAAGAACAUAAUUGUUGGUACCUCCGGAGCCGACUGUGUCGUCCUUAUCAUUGACUCCACCAAUGGUGGUUUUGAGGGUGGUAUUUCCAAGGAUGGUCAUACAUGUGAGCGUACAUUGCUUGCUUUUACACUUGGUGUCAAGGAAAGUAUCUGCUGCUGCUGCAACAAGAUAGAUGCUACCACCCCUAACUACUUGAAGCCUAAAGGUAUUUACAGGGUGCAGGGUGAACUUGGAAAAAUUGUUCAUUAUCUUGGUGUCCAGCUUCCAAAUGGAGUUUUAUUUGUUGUUUUUCAUAAAACUAGAGCUCCAAAAGUGACAGACCAUUUUGAAGAGAUGAGGAACAUAAAGGCAACUCAGGGUAUUGACCAAUACAUCAAGUGGAUUCAUCAUAACUUUGGCAUAAAUGCUUGGAUUUUGCUGGAUACUGGGCAGGGAACGAAUGUGAAGAAAAUGUCAUCUGAUUUUCUUGGCAUGGUGGUGCAAAGCUUUAAGUCACUGCCUGUGCUUGCUCUUCUUUGGAAACCUGAAAAUGAAGGCAUUACAAACCUUCUAUCCCCAGGAGGAUCAAUUGAAAUUCUACAUGUUUUAGAUGCUCUAAAACUUGGUCUUCCUUUUAUGUAUUCAAAAUACUUGAUCGUGACCUUGCAGCAGGUCCGUAGUUGAGGGGUCAUGUGACCCCGUUAGCCUCGGCAAAAAUUUUGUAUAUACAUAUUAUAUAUAUAUGUGUACUUAUAUACCCCCUUAAAUAUUUUAAUGGUGCCCCCAAAGUGAUGGAUGGAAGAAGUGGUUGCUUUGGGCACUUAAAUUCUCUCCUAUGCUGUGGUGACGCAGGUUCGAAACCCCCAAAGCUUUCCUCAGUCUUUUCUCCUUUUUUUAUUUUAGUUCUUUGAAUACAAUGUAAAUUUUAUUUAA